AUGGUGGAGCCGUUGGUUGGGUGGGUGAAGGGGCCCAACACGCGGGGCACAAGCGAUGUUAUCUGGUCCUGCCUUUCUGUGGUUUUCAUCUCAACCUGGACCACCCUGCAUAUCAACGUUCCGCCCAUCAAGAAAUCCUACUGGUGGCGACUUGGCAAUAAACUGUUCUGGAUGCUCACGGGUCUUGUGGCGCCAGAGUAUGUGGCCACUCUCGCCUUCACUGAAUUGAGAGCUGCCCUUCUCGUUCGAUCAUCUAUGCACGAUCUCGGAUACAAAAAUUGGGGACUUGGUCAGAGUUUCUUUGUAGUGAUGGGCGGCUACAUGUUUCAUGUCAACGACGAGUACAAGCCUAUCUCGGCGGAAAACUUCAUCAAAUGGCAACGCAAGGGCAAUCUUAUGAUGCUUCGCCCAUCAUUCAAGAACAGGACAGGAGCACAGUCGAAAUCAGAGAACGCUACAACGACUGAGGUCGAGACGGUCGAGAUCGAGCCCAUUAAGGAGACUGUGCCUCACGCAGAUGUCCCUGCUCCGAUCGAUCUGCCUUGGAUCUCGGAGCAAGACGUGACUCAGCGAGGAAAGGCCGACUUUCUCCUCAAGAGUAUUGCAUGCGCCCAGGUCACAUGGCUUCUGGUGCAGUACGUCGCACGAGCCAUACAGUCUCUGGCGAUCUCCUCACUCGAAGCAUUGACAGUCGCCUACGUCUCACCAGUCGUUGUCCCGAUUGCUUCUGAUCAUGAGAUCGUCCCUUCGCUUGAGAGCGAACCCUUCCAGAUCCCGUUCAACUAUGAUCCGGACUUGCCUCUUGCUCACACACCUUGGUGGACUUAUCUUCUGCCGUGCAUUACAGCCGUCAUGGCUUUCAGCUGUUUACACUUUCUGGCAUGGAACGCUCACUUCAACACGACCAUCGAGAGAUGGUUCUGGAGAGCAUCCUCAAUUAUGGUCACCUGGUUCCACGUGUCAUUCUUGAUGUUUUCGGUCUACAUGCAGAAGAACAUGAAGAAAGAGCCAACUGCAGCCAAGCUGGCGAAGAUCGUUUUUGGUGCCGAGUGGAAGACAUUGAGAUACCUCGUCUACAUCCUUAAGUAUGCUUUUUGCAUACCGAACAAUGCCAAAUUGAAGCAGCUUGACUCGUGGUUGCAGGACAGAUGUGAGGAAGGCUUCACGCCCGGCGGCGAGCUGGUUCCAUUCUUAGUCUCGCACACAAUGUUCUACUUCUUCGCGCGAAUAUUCGUGUUGGUGGAAGCUUUUCUGUCACUGCGGCGCGUCCCAGCUGACUUGUACGAUACAGUCGACUGGACAAGAUUUAUACCACAUGUACAUUGA